UGAAUGGCUCAUGUCUCCAAACAACGUGGGUUGUGGAUGUGGCAGGGGAUCAUUGACACUCUGACGACGUGUCUCCUCUCUGCAGCGCACUCACAAGUGUUUCGGAGGUUGGCUCUUUAGCUCUCCACUUUAUCAGUGCGGUCCUCAGGUGUCACUGCCAUGUUUGCCAGGCUAGCCUCGUGCCCUCGCCUGCCCUCCACCAAGUCAAAUGUCUGUUCUACCUCUAUCAGAGCAUUUUCCCAGGGUAAAUUUAUUCUCCCCCGUUCCCAUGGGAAGUCCUUUGCCCACCGCAGUGAGUUGAAACAGGCCAAGCGCAUUGUGGUGAAGCUGGGGAGUGCUGUGGUUACCCGUGGGGAUGAGUGUGGCCUUGCUCUGGGACGGCUGGCCUCGAUAGUCGAGCAGGUGUCCGUGCUGCAGAAUCAAGGCAGGGAGAUGAUGAUCGUUACCAGCGGUGCUGUGGCAUUCGGGAAGCAGCGACUGAGACAUGAGAUACUGUUGUCUCAGAGUGUUAGACAAGCCUUACACUCUGGACAGAACCAACUCAAAGACAUGUCCAUUCCAGUGUUGGAGGCCCGAGCAUGUGCAGCGGCUGGUCAGAGUGGUCUGAUGGCGUUGUACGAAGCUAUGUUUACCCAGUACAGCAUCUGUACUGCACAAAUCCUCGUCACCAACCUGGAUUUUCAUGAUGAGCAGAAACGUCGCAAUUUGAACAGCACACUUCUUGAACUGCUGAGGAUGAACAUUGUUCCAAUCAUCAACACCAACGAUGCUGUUGUUGCUCCCCCCGUUCCCAACAGUGACCUGCAGGGGGUAAAUGUGAUAAGCAUCAAAGAUAAUGACAGCUUGGCUGCACGACUUGUUGUUGAAAUGAAAGCUGACCUCCUUGUUGCCCUGUCUGAUGUCGAAGGUUUAUAUGACAGUCCCCCAGGAACAGACGAUGCCAAGCUUAUUGAUAUAUUCUACCCUGGAGAUCAACAGUCAAUCACAUACGGCACCAAGUCCAGAGUUGGUAUUGGUGGCAUGGAAGCAAAGGUGAAAGCCGCCCUUUGGGCCCUGCAGGGUGGGACGUCGGUCGUCAUCGCCAACGGCACGGAUCCUAAAGUCACAGGCCACGUCAUCACUGACAUUGUUGAAGGGAAGAAAGUUGGCACCUUUUUCUCUGAAGUGAAACCGGCAGGUCCAACUGUGGAGCAGCAGACGGAGAUGGCGCGGUACGCAGGCAGGACUCUGGCGUCGCUGCUUCCUGAGCAGAGAGGAGAAAUCAUCUGCUGUCUUGCUGACCUUCUUACUGAGAAAAAGGAUGAGAUUCUUGGUGCCAACAAGAAAGACAUGGAGUUGGCAGCAGGUCGGUUGUCCCAACCUCUGAUCAGCCGUCUCAGUCUCUCAACUGCUAAACUCAACAGCCUUGCCAUCGGCCUGCGUCAACUGGCCGGGUCCUCCAGGGACAGCGUGGGUCGGGUGCUGAGGAGAACCAGAGUGGCCAACAACCUACAGCUGGAGCAGAUUACCGUCCCCAUCGGAGUUCUGCUGGUCAUCUUUGAGUCGCGUCCUGAUUGCCUCCCACAGGUGUCGGCGCUAGCAAUUGCCAGUGGAAAUGCUUUGCUUGUGAAGGGUGGUAAAGAAGCAGCGUAUACCAACAAAAUUCUUCAUCAGCUCACUCAAGAAGCGCUCUCAAUUCAUGGAGUGUCUGAUGCCAUUCAGCUGGUGAGCACACGCGAGGAAGUGGAGGAUCUGUGCAAACUGGACAAGCUGAUUGAUCUGAUCAUUCCUAGAGGUUCUUCCCAGCUGGUCCGGGACAUUCAAAGAGCAGCCAAGGGUAUUCCAGUGUUGGGCCACAGUGAGGGCGUCUGUCACGUCUACAUAGACAGCGAAGCCAGCAUAGACAAAGCUAUAGAUGUCGUCAAAGACUCCAAAUGUGACUACCCGGCAGCCUGCAAUGCCAUGGAAACUCUCCUUAUCCACAGAGAUUUGCUGCGCACUCCUAUGUUUGACCAGAUCAUUGAUACACUCAGAACAGAAAAUGUGAAGAUUCAUGCAGGGCCCCGGUUUGCAUCUUAUUUAACUUUCAGCCCAUCUGAGGUGAAGUCUCUGCGCACAGAGUAUGGGGAUCUGGAAUGCUGCAUUGAAGUGGUGGACAGCAUGGAGGAUGCCGUGGACCACAUCCACAAAUACGGCAGCUCCCACACUGAUGUCAUCGUCACAGAAAAUGAAGAUACAGCUGAACAGUUUCUGCAGCAGGUGGACAGCGCAUGUGUAUUCUUGAAUGCCAGCUCUCGCUUUGCAGACGGCUAUCGCUUUGGGCUGGGAGCGGAGGUUGGCAUUAGCACGGCAAGGAUACAUGCCAGAGGUCCAGUGGGUUUGGAAGGACUUCUUACUACCAAGUGGGUCCUUCGAGGAGAUGGACACACUGUGGCCGACUUCUCUGAGCAAGGCAGUAUGAAAUACCUUCAUGAAAACAUCCCUAUUCCUCAGGGGAGUUUUAAUUAGGUGCCCAAAAAGAAGAGCCGUUAGCUGGAGCCAAAACAACAGUUAUCUACCAGGGGUUGAUUAAGGAUGUGUGUCUGCCAGUAGCAUUACAGCUUACAAGCUGGUGUAUCAGUCAGCUGUGUGAGUCAAUUAUGUUUUUACAGAAAACUUGCAUGUAGAGUGAAAGUUACUUUUAUUGGACAAACUUUUUCUCAGUUUUGUAAAGCUGUGAAUCUGUUUUUGCAGAUUUAUUCAAAACUCCAGUGCAAUUCAAUGGUUGGUUAUUAAAAAGCAAAUGUAUUGUGCUAAACAGCUAAGGUGAAACAUAAUGUUGACCAAUACAAAGCUCUUUUCCGUUCAAGCUAUUUUUUAUAAGAGCAGCGAAAAGAAAUCAUUGCUCCUUCUGGAAUUUUCUAAUUUAUUUUUCUACAUAUAAACUUUCCUUCUGUAUUUUGCUUUACUGCAAGGUUUCUUUGUGCAGUCAUGGUUCAGAUUAUGUUUUGUCCCCUUACUCUUUGCACAAAUAAAUACUGUAUAGUUCUUAAAUGAGCUUGUGCUUAAUGCUGUUAAAUUAACGCCAUCAUUUCCCUAUUAUACUGCUCCAAUCGAAUGCAUUGUCUUGAGUUCUAUGUAUUGCACAAACUAUUAGUUCCGAUUGGGACUUUAAAACGUCAUAUAAUGCAACACUA